AUGCACAAAAAUCAAAUCAGAAUGGAAAAGACUCAAAACCAUCAUCACCAAGCUCAAAAGGUCAAGAAUCCUUCAAAAACGGGGGCGGGGGGAACUCCUAAAACACCGAAAGGACCUGGUUCUGUAGAAGACAUUAAAGCAAAAAUGCAUGCACGCAUAGAAAAAGGUGUCUCUCUUCCCAAAGUGGAAGCCAAGUUCAUGAAUUAUGGGAAGAACUGUUUCCGGUUGACUGAUGUGGAGGUGAUUCAAGAUCCCUGGCAGUGGAGGAAGUCUCUUUAA